AGGACAGUGCUUGAGAUCAUCCUGUAAAUUUAAUUUUUUCUCCAUCUUUUUUGUAACAAUUGGAAAAUUCACAAUGCCGCUACAAAUCUCGACGAAAGAAAAUAUCCUGAAACACCUCGAACAUAUUUCCCUCAAAGAGAAGACAUCUCCCAAAAAGUUGUGUACUUCACCUACUAUCUCUCAAGAGAAUGGAGUGGGUAAAGGAAAAGCUGUGAGAAAGGUGCUAAAGGAAAAUGAGUUCAAUCCGGAAUUGGAACCAUUACUUAAAGAUAAUCCACGUAGAUUUGUUGUAUUUCCUAUUCAGUGGCCCGAUAUUUGGCAAAUGUACAAGAAGGCCGAAGCUUCUUUUUGGACUGUUGAAGAAGUAGAUCUUUCUAAGGAUAUUUUCGACUGGAACCGUCUGACAUCCAGUGAGAAGCACUUCAUAUCUCAUGUAUUGGCAUUCUUUGCAGCCUCCGAUGGAAUUGUCAAUGAGAAUCUUGUCGAACGAUUCAGUCAGGAAGUGCAAAUCACAGAGGCACGUUGCUUUUAUGGUUUCCAAGUUGCCAUGGAAAAUGUGCAUUCAGAAAUGUAUUCUUUGUUAAUUGAUACUUAUAUUGCGGACGCUAAAGAAAGAGACUUUUUAUUUAACGCGAUUGAGAAUCUACCAUGCGUUGCUAAGAAAGCCAACUGGGCACUGAAUUGGAUAAACCACAAAACCGCCACUUUCCCUGAACGGGUAAUCGCAUUUGCUGCCGUGGAAGGCAUCUUCUUCAGUGGUAGUUUCGCCGCCAUUUUUUGGUUGAAGAAAAGGGGUCUCAUGCCUGGCCUUACAUUCAGCAAUGAACUGAUCUCCAGGGAUGAGGGUUUACAUUGUGACUUUGCGUGUUUAAUGUUUAGACACAUAAUACAGAAACCAUCUUGCGAACGAGUCACGUCAAUCAUUAAGGAUGCUGUUGAAAUCGAACAAGAAUUUUUGACAGACGCGUUGCCUGUCGAAAUGAUAGGCAUGAAUUGUAAACUUAUGUGUCAAUACAUAGAAUUUGUUGCGGACCGACUACUCGUUGAACUGGGUUGUCAGAAGAUUUACAUGUCUGAAAAUCCGUUUGACUUCAUGGAACAUAUAUCUUUGGAAGGUAAGACAAAUUUUUUCGAGAAAAAAGUUGGAGAGUAUCAGAAGUGGGGGGUGAUGCAGGACAGGAUUGAAAGCAAUUUCACGGUAAACGCCGAUUUUUAGUUCAGUAGAUAGAUACAAUAGAAAGGCUGACAAUUUAUUUCUCAUAAUCGAACGCAUAGGAUCUUGUCCCGAGACUUUUUCUUAUUUAUGCACUAAAUGAAGUAAGGUAAUUUUCUUAUUCAUUUAUCCAUUUGGACAAAGAUAAAUUCCUUUUUUUUUUUCUUACAUUAGGACUAAUAAUUAAUU